AGAGACAGACAGAGAGACGCUGACCAUCACAGCAGGCGACCGGUGGACUAAACUCUAGCUCCAAUUACGCACAGUGCUAUUGAACUAUUUUAUAUCAAGCAGAAGAAGAAGAAUGGGACUGCACAGUGUUGAGGAACUGGUGUCCGGUAAGAGGGCAGAGGGCAAGGAGGCAGCAGACUUCCAAGGGGGCGAGUACGAGGCGGCUGUCGGUCAAGAGAAGCAGGAUGACCGCAGGUCCCACAGGGAGCUGGUGGGCGAAGGUCUGUCAGAGGAGAGCGACAGUGGCAGCGAACAUGAGGAAGUCAGCGUGGCAGCUCUCAAUACGGAUAAAAGCGGCAGGCUGAAGUUGGAGACGGUGGAUGACCUGUUCAACAUCCUGCAGCUGAGGAAGAAGAGGAGGGAGAGGAAGGCUCCCGUCCACAAGAAACAACAGCCAGAGCCUGAGUUCGUGCCAGAGUUUGUGGAUGAGCAGAUGUUUCUGACAGCAGCCAUGGAGAACAAAAUGGCUGUGGUGGAGAAGUACCUGGCUGAUAGAGGAAACCCCAACGCAGCUGACCAUUUCCAGAGAACAGCUCUGCACAAAGCCUCAUUCAAAGGACACGUGGAGGUCAUGAAAAGACUUCUGGAGGCCGGUGCUUCCAUCGAGAAAAAAGACAAGCUGGAGGCCACAGCAGUCCACUGGGCCUGCAGAGGAGGCAGCCUGCCGGCCCUGCAGCUGCUGCUCGACCAGGGAGCCAAGUUCACCUACAGAGACAAGCUGCAGAGCACUCCUCUCCAUGUUGCUGUGAGGACAGGACACUGUGAGUGUGCCGAGCAUCUCAUUCACUGUGGAGCAGACGUCAACGCCAAAGACAGAGACGGAGACACGCCCAUGCACGAUGCUGUGAGGAUAAACAGAUUCAAGAUGAUCAAGCUGCUGAUGAUGUACGGGGCCAGUCUCAACACCAAGAACUGUGAUGGAAAAACUCCACUGGAGACACUGAAUUCAUGGCAGAACGGAGCCAAGAGCCUCCUGUGUAACUUCAGCCAGGAGAAGCCCAACCAGUAGAGCCCGACACAUUCCAGUAAAACCAGGAAUUCACCAUGAAACUCAGCCACAAGAUCUGCUGGCUUAUCAGGAAAGAAAGUGUUAGAAGAGAGAAAAUUCUAUUUUUCUAGCCCAUUCUGGUCAUUUCCAUACUGUGGUGCGCGACGCACACAAGUCUUUUUUUAAUAUCUAUUUAUCCAGUGAGGCUGUGCCGAGUGUUCACCUCACAUUCAAACUGUCUCACAUGUUGACGGACAGAUAUCGACCCCCUCAGGGAAAGACUGCGAUUAAAUCUACAGUUAGCUCAGCUGGAGCGUUUAGAUGUUGGAAGAUAUCUUAAUUUAAAGAGCAUUGGUCCUUAUCUGGUUCAGGGAUCUGAACUAGCAACCUCACUAACCUGAACGCUACCGGCAGGGUUAGACUAUCACAUAUGACAUGUUCUUUACACAUCUUACAGUCACAUGAGCAGCAGGAACUUAAACAAUGAUCAACAAUGUGAAUUCUAAUCAGGAUGUUGUUAAUAAUACGACUAUUAGCACUGAUAGAUUCAUUGAUCGCCAAAUAUUGCUGGACAAUGUCUCGGCUGACAACAUA